AUGGCGUCCAGAAAGGUCAGCUUUGAAGGUACGAUUAUUCAAAAGCUUCCAGUUUCGAAAGCUGAUGGACUUACGACCAUGGGUAAAGAAUGGCAGGCAUUGUCAGAAAUCACCUAUGAAUGGGCAGAUAGCUACGAUGCAAAACAAUGGGACAGAUUGGAGGCCAUUGUCGCGCCUCACAUGACUCUCGACUACACAGAACAAUUCGGCACCAAGUUCGACAAGAUUCCCAGAGCCGAUUUCAUGAAGAUGACAGUCAGACCCGAUAACCUGGGGGGCUUGUUAGACUGUAUUCAUAUAGUGGGAGGUUCAAAGUUCGAGAAACACUCGGAUGACAAGGCAGACGGGCAUCAUCAAAUCUAUGUCGUUUACAAGCGCUGGACCAAUAUGGAGAAGAAAGAAGUAGAAAUGGAGACCGAGGGUCUUCUCAUCAUGAUCCAUCACUAUACCAAAAUUGAUGGAGUGUGGAAAUUAUGCGGAACAACACCACAUACACGCCUUGGAAACCUCAGGGCUGGCGACAUUUUCCGACCAUAG